AUGCGCCGGACAAAUAGCGCCAAGUCUGUGCGAUAUCUUCAACCACUCACUGCAAUCUGGUCGACUCCCUUCAGAGUGGAAAUCGGCAAACGUUACUCCGAUACACAAGAAACAACAAAAAGAACUCGCAGAAAAUUACCGACCUAUUUCCCUGCUCCCCAUAGUGAGCAAAGUUUUAGAACGGUGCGUCUACACUAACUUUUAUUAUCAUAUUUUACAUCUCAUCACUCCAUAUCAACACGGAUUUCUAAGAAAUCGCUCCUGCGUAACACAACUUCUAUCAGUCCUCCACACCAUUGGAAAAAGUUUGGCUAAGAACACACAGACUGACAUCGUUUACCUUGACUUCGCGAAAGCGUUUGAUUCUGUUGACCAUUCUAUUCUUCUUCAAAAACUCAAAUGUUAUGGAGUGACUGGAAACCUUCUAGGUUGGUUUACUGAUUACCUUAACAAUCGUCGUCAGAGAGUCGUUGUGGACGGUUUCGCGUCACGUUGGGCCCCCGUUACAUCUGGAGUGCCGCAAGGGAGUAUCCUGGGACCUGUGCUCUUUGUAAUAUUUAUCAACGAUAUUCCUGAAGUGACCGUUGGAACAUCUCCAGCACUGUUUGCAGACGACACUAAGGUUUACAAGGACGUAAGAUCGGUAACGGACUGUGAAAAGCUUCAGCAGACCUUAGAUAAGUUAGAUACUUGGACUCAAGACAACAACAUAACAUUUAACGCUUCUAAAUGUAAGGUACUGUCGGUGACACGUAAGAAAAAUCCAAUUACCUAUCCCCAUACCACCUCGGUCGAAAAUAUUUGCCGAGAGUUGAAAACGAGAAAGAUCUUGGAGUAA